AUGAUUGUCCUGGCCCUCGUCGCGAGGGGGUCCGAGAUCCUCGCCCAGGUGCACGAUGACGAGCACCAGCGCUUCCUCACGGCGGCCGAGACGAUCCUGUCGCGCAUCCCGCCCAACUCGUCGAAGCUGUCGUACGCCUUCGAGGAUUGGCUCUUCCACUACGUCUCGCACGACGGCCUCGUCUACCUCGCCGUCGCCGACACCGAGACGGGCCGACGCAUGCCCUUCGCCUUCCUCUCCGAGGUGCAGAAAAAGUUCCUCGCCACUUUCGACCGAGGCCUCGCCGUGCAGCCCUCGACGCCCGCAGAGACGUUCGAAUCGUUCCACGGCACGCUCGCCGCGCUCGUCGACCAGUUCAACCGCGACCCGGACGCCGACCCCGUCAAGGCGGCCAAGGCCGAGCUCGCCGGCGUCAAGGACAUCAUGACCCAGAACGUAGAGCAGAUCCUGUCGCGUGGCGAGAGGAUCGAGCUGCUCAUGGACAGGACCGACAUGGCCGCCAACCAGUCGAUGGCCUUCCGAAGGCGCGCCGUCGGCCUUCGGCGCCAGAUGUGGUGGAAGAACGUCAAGAUCAUGGCCCUCGCAGGGGUGUGCGCAGUGACCCUCAUGUUCAUCCUCUUCGCCAUGUUCUCCCACUAG